AUGCUGCAUCUGUUCCAGUUCCCCUGCAAUGCUAAGCCCGCCAAGCGCCCGAUCACCGAGGAUUCCAUAAGGCCCAACUCGCUGCACUUUGUCUGGAAUCACGGCGGCAUCCCCAUCAUCGAUAAGGAGUACUACAGUUUUCAGCUUGAUGGUCUGGUGGCUUCCCCGCAGUCCUGCACCCUGGUCGACCUCAAGGACGAGUUCAGGUUUCCACGCAUAGAGAAGACUGUCGCCAUGCAGUGUUCCGGCACGCGCCACAUUGAACAGAUCCUCAAGCACCCCGGACAAGGCGAAGAGGUGCCCAAGGCUCCAUGGGGAGAAGCUGCCAUCGGAUGCGCCCAAUACGUUGGCAUCAGUCUGAAAAAGCCUAUGAAGGCCUGCGAUGCGUUCGUCGACGGCGCCAAACACCUCAAGUUCUACGGAGCGGACAUCUACCUCAAGGACAACAAGCCCAUGAACUACGUUGGCAGCACUUGCCGCGCACCCACGGCUAACCCCCUCCGCAUCAUGGUGUUUGGCUACAUUAGUGCCCGCUGCCUCAAGUGGCUGUACAAGAUCAAGGCCAUCAAGACGCCGUCGCGUGCCACCGCGCAGAGCCAGGGGUAUCUGUAA